UCGACCGGUUUGUCAGGGCGGGCACCUAGCGAAGAUGGUGGUGCUCGCGGCGUGUGGCUCCCGUCGCUUGCCCAAGUCUCAGCUCAGUGCACCAGCCGGCGUUUCGCUGGUCUGGAGCCCCAGCCCGCCGGGUCCCUGACCCUGCGCCCCCUCGCGACAGAUUCCCGGUAUGCCCCGCGCUCAUAAGGGCAGCGCGCCCCGAAAGGGCAGCCAGCGCGGCAGAGGUGGUGCCCGGAGCAGCAGUGCCCAAGCUGACUCAGGCUCCAGUGAGGAUGAGGCAGCCAGCGAGGCCCGCAGCACCACCAGUGACUGCCCCAGCCUUCUUAGCACCGUGGCCGAGGACAGCCCUGGGGGGGAUGCCGUGGAUGAGCAGGGCCAGCAGGAGGACCUUGAGGAGAAGUUGAAGGAGUAUGUGGAUUGCCUCACAGAUAAGAGUGCCAAGAUCCGGCAAGGUGCUCUUGAGAACUUGCGGCUGGUCCUGGCGUCCCGCCUGCUCCCCGACUUCCUGCUGGAGCGCAGCCUUACGCUGGCUGAUGCCUUGGAAAAGUGCCUCAAAAAAGGGAAGGGCGAGGAGCAGGCCCUGGCCGCCGCCGUGCUGGGCCUGCUCUGCGUGCAGCUGGGCCCUGGCCCCAAGGGUGAGGAGCUGUUCCAUGGCCUGCAGCCCCUCCUGAUCUCCGUGCUUAGUGACAGCACAGCCAGCCCCACUGCCCGGCUCCACUGUGCUUCCGCUCUGGGCUUGGGCUGCUACGUGGCUGCUGCUGAUGUCCAGGACCUGCUCUUUUGCCUCACCUGCUUGGAAGGCAUUUUCAGCCAGUCCUGCAGCGUGGAUGGCUCCACAGCCCCUGCCAGCCUGCAUGGCCUGUUCUGCGCUGCCCUGCAAGCCUGGGCAUUGCUCCUUACCAUCUGCCCCAGCACCCACAUCAGCCACAUCCUUGACAGGCAGCUGCCUCGGCUACCCCAGCUCUUGUCCAGUGAAACUGUGAACCUGCGGAUCGCUGCUGGCGAGACUAUCGCGCUGCUUUUCGAGCUCGCCCGGGACCUUGAGGAGGACUUUGUUUACGAGGACAUGGAUGCCCUCUGCAGCGUCCUGCGCAGCCUGGCCACCGACAGCAACAAGUACCGUGCCAAAGCCGACCGCCGGCGGCAGCGCUGCACUUUCCGGGCUGUGCUGCACUCUGUCGAGGGCAGCGAGUGUGAGGAGGAGACAGUCCGCUUCGGCCUCGAGGUGCUCUACGUGGACAGCUGGGCCCGGCGCCGGGUUUACACUGCCUUUAAGGACGUGCUGGGCUCGGGCAUGCACCACCACCUCCAGAACAACGAGCUCCUCCGUGACAUCUUUGGCUUGGGCCCCGUGCUGGUGCUGGACGCCACGGCCCUGAAGGCCUGCAAGCUGUCCCGGUUUGAGAAGCACCUGUACAAUGCCGCUGCCUUCAAAGCACGGACCAAGGCUCGUAGCCGAGUGCGGGACAAGCGGGCAGAUAUCCUGUGAGACGGGACCCGCCGAAGAGGAGACUGCCCCCACCCUUGCCCGUAUUUUUAACAGGAGACAGUGCACUGGUGCCUGCCAGAAAUUGUCACUUUAUUUUUUUAAUGACUAAACCAAAAAGACCUUGGGGUGGGUGGCUGGAGGCCAGGCCACUUGGUGUCCCGGCCCUCCACCCCCACACUCGGCCACUGUGGUCUCUGCCUGCCCUGUCUCAGUGGGGCAGGCAGUCGGAAGGUCAUCGAUUCCUUUCUCAGGCCUUGCUCCCCAGGGAUGAACCACUUCCUUGGGGGGGGUGACAUCUGGACAAAUGUCACAACAGGUGGGGAGGUGAGGCUAUCUGGAAUGGAUUUCUGUGCUAAUUUUUAAAGAAUAUUAGAGAUAAUUAAACUGAGUGCUCAGCCUUC